ACGAGUUUUCGUGCAACUAAUUGCAGUGUAAAGCAUAGAGUCGGAAAGUGGGUGGAGAAAUAGAAGUUCAUGGGCGGACAUCUCAAUGAAGAUAGUACAGUAAUAAAACUCACCUCUCUACUAAGCUCACACAUUUUCCAUUUGCUAUAAAUUCCUCCUUCCCAUUUUUCUCUCUCUCAUAUCUCUCCGAUUUCUUCUUCGUUUGCCUCGGUUUCUCCGAUCAGAGCUCAUGGAGUCCGCCGCCGUUCUCCGCUCCUUCCACCAUUCAGUUGGUACCACUUCCCAUGUGAGGUCAGUAAUUGAAAUGCCUGGCGUUAUUCCAACAAAUAGCAUUGCCUUCUCCAAGCCUACUAAGUUGUCCCUAAAGGGCUCCUCAAAUGGCGCAAGGCUCAUGUCUUCUCCUAACAAGCACGGUAGAUUGACACUGUCAUGUGCAAAGACAUCUGAAACAACUGUGACAGCGAAAUCUGGUGAUAGCAAUCAAAAAGUUCCAACAGAGAGUAGUCCACUGCCAACAGCAACAUUUCCAAAGGGUUUUGAGGCUCUGAUCAUCGAGGUGUGUGAUGAUACAGAGGUAGCUGAGCUGAAACUUAAGGUUGGAGAUUUUGAACUGCACCUGAAACGGAACAUUGAAGCUCCAGUAGUGCCUGCGCCUGUUGUUUCCGCACCACCACCACCACCACCUAGUGCAAGCAAAACAUCCAUUUCAUCAACAGCUGCUGCUCCUGCAGCAUCCCCAGGGAAAUCAUCCUCAGGAAAGAUCAGCCCAUUCACAAAUGUUGCUGCUGAAAAAUCAGCAAAAUUAGCAGCUCUAGAGUCUACUGGAGCUAGUGGUUAUGUUCUUGUAUCAUGCCCCACGGUUGGUUCAUUCCGAAGGGCCAGGACAUUAAAGGGAAAGAAACAACCUCCUGCAUGUAAAGAGGGUGAUAUUAUCAAGGAGGGACAGAUUAUUGGCUUUUUGGAUCAGUUUGGGACAGAACUUCCUGUCAGGUCAGAUGCGGCUGGAGAAGUCUUGAAAAUCCUCUUUAAUGAUGGCGAAGCUGUUGGUUAUGGUGAUCCACUUAUUGCUGUCUUGCCAUCAUUCCGUGGUAUCAACUGAAAUAGCUUACACCUCUAGUUUUUGAAUUCUUGGAGAGUACUAAUGCUGCUUUUCUUGUUCUUGUAUUUUGGUCAACUCUGUCAUCUUUGGACUCUCCUAAUCCCAUUUGGGAUGCAAGUUUAGAUUGGUAACUGUAAGCUUUUUAUUACAGGUUAAUUCGGCUUUAGAACAAUAAAAGAUUGUCCGAUCCAAGUUGAGAACUCUUUAUUAUUUUUUCUGGCUUGUAUGAUUUUGUAUAUUUAUGUAACGCUGAUGGCGUUAUCAAUCGGGACCAGAAAAGGGUAUUGAUGGUGGAGUUUGCAAUUACUGCCUAUUUUUAGGCGUGGUUGAUUGGAGCAACUCUACAUAUUUUGCCA